GAGCGGUGCCGGCGUGCUUUGCGCGGACAAGAUGCCGGGCGCCAUGUUACUGUGAGCUCGGCGAGUGGCUGUAGAGUGAAGGAGAGAGAAGGAAGCAAGCUUGCCCGCACGCCCGCCCGCCAGGCCCGGCCCUUCGCACACACAUACCCCGCGCCGGUGAGUACGACCGGGGCCGCCGCCACCGAAGACCACAACGUGGAAGUCCCUCGACGGCUGGGUGAUCGAGUGGUGGCAGCGGCAGCGGCCGUGUUGAGAAACACCCGGGUUGCCGCGGUGGGAUGAAUACUCCAUGUGUCCUGCUGGGCAUGAAUGAAGCGGCCUGGCAGCAGGAGUCGGCACGGAUAAUGCAUGGGGGCAUCGGCGGUGGCGGCGCUCCCUCGGAUGGCGGCGGCGGUAGCGGCGUCAACGACGGCCUUGUGUUGAGUGCGGCGGCGGCGGCACCCGGAGCGUUGGGCCCCGGCGCCGUCCCGGCCAUAGCGCCCGGCCACCCCGGGGCGCAGCACCUCCUCAGCGGACGCUCUCAAGACGACGCCACGGUGGGCUACUUCUUCCAGCGGCAGCCGGGCGAGCAGCUGGGCGGCUACUCCAACAAACACCGGUGGCCCACGGGCGAUGGAGUUCACAUUGAGCAUCAGGUUCGAUCUGUGGACGAGAUGAAUCAUGACUUUCAAGCUCUUGCACUGGAGGGACGGGGAAUGGGCGAACUUUUACCUGCUAAGAAAUUCUGGGAAUCAGAUGAUUCAGCAAAAGAUGGCCAAAAGGGGAUUUUCCUAGGAGAUGAGUGGAGGGACACUGCAUGGGGAGCAUCUCACCAUACUGUGUCUCAGCCAAUCAUGGUUCAAAGAAGGCCUGGUCAAGGAUUUCAUGUAAACAGUGAAGUUGGCUCUGUUCUAUCUCCCCGUUCUGAAAGUGGCGGCUUAGGAGUAAGCAUGGUGGAGUACGUCUUGAGAUCUUCACCUGGGGAUAAACUGGAUACUCGUUUUAGAAAAGGACCAUUUGGUGCUGGAGACACAGAGCCUGAUGAGAAUGACAAGGCUGAUCAGAAAGGGAAAUCAUCACCAUUCGAGGAAGAUAAAAAUAGAGAUCUGAAACAAGGAGAUGAUAUUUCCAAAGCUAAUGGGCUAGUUUUGCAGAAUGGAAUAGAUACAGACUGCAAAGACUUCAAUAUCUUUAUGCUGCACAGCCGUACUCUUGGAAGCCAUCAAGCGCCUCCCAUGGAAAUGGCUGAACGCCUGGGUCCAAACCAGAACACUUCAGAAGGUUUAGGCCAAUUGUCCAAUGCUACAGCAAAUAAACCACCUGGAGAAGAGUUUCAUAAUUCUGACACUCAAAAUUUAGACAGCAUUGAGGCCACAGUUGGCUUAGAUCAUUUGCAGUUUGACUAUUCAAGCAAUCAAGUAUCCAUGGACUCUUCAGCAGCAGCAGCAGCUGUGGGUCUUUUUGACUACAGCUCCCAGCAUCAGCUCUUCCAACGGCAAAAUGCAUUGACAGUACAGCAGCUGACUGCAGCCCAACAGCAGCAGUAUGCCCUGGCAGCAAGCCAGCAGCAACAUAUAGCAGGUGUAUUUUCAGCAGGUCUUGCUCCAGCUGCCUUUAUGCCAAACCCAUACAUAAUCAGCGCAGCUCCGCCAGGCACUGAUCCAUAUACUGCAGCAGGACUGGCUGCAGCAGCUACGUUAGCAGGUCCUACAGUUGUCCCACCUCAGUAUUAUGGAGUUCCAUGGGGUGUGUAUCCAGCAAAUCUGUUCCAACAGCAAGCAGCUGCAGCAGCUGCAAAUAAUUCUGCUAACCAACAGGCUGCAUCACAGGCACAGCAAGGACAACAAGUUCUACGAGGUGGUAAUCAGCGCCCACUCACUCCAAAUCAGGGUCAGCAGGGUCAACAAGCUGACUCAAUGGCAGCAGCUGCUGCAACCAAUUCAGCUCUUGCCUUCAGUCAAGGCCUUGCUACAGGAUUGCCAGGUUAUCAAGUUCUAGCCCCAGCUGCAUACUAUGAUCAAACUGGCACCUUGGUGGUGGGUCCUGGCGCAAGGACUGGAUUAGGGACACCAGUUAGGCUGGUAGCAUCGACGCCAGUUAUUAUCAGCUCUGCUGCAGCACAAGCUGCUGUGGCAGCUUCAGCUAAUGGAACAGCAAACAGCCUAGCAGCAAAUGGCCUCUUCCGUCCAAUUGGAAACCAACCACAGCAACAACAGCAACAGCAAAGUAACAACUUGCAGUCAAACUCAUUUUAUGGCAGUAGCUCCCUUUCAAAUAGUUCUCAGAGCAGUUCAUUGUUCUCUCAUGGGCCAGGCCAACCAAACAACACUUCACUUGGUUUUGGGAGCAGCAACUCGCUGGGUGCUGCAAUUGGCUCAGCACUUGGAGGAUUUGGAUCAGCAGUUGGCGGUUCUGGAAGCAACAGUGUAUCCAGAAGAGAUUCAUUGUCUACUGGCUCUGAUCUAUACAAACGACCCAACAGCAAUCUGCCUCCCAUAGGACAGCAAUACUACAGCAGCUUGGGAUUCUCCUCCUCGCCUGGUCCAAUUGGCAUGCCCCUUCCCAACCAGAAUCCAGGUCAUUCUUUAACACCACCUCCAUCCCUUUCCUCACAAGGAUCGUCAUCUACUCUGCACCUUGGCGGACUGACAAAUGGCAGUGGUCGGUUCAUUUCUGCAGCACCUGGUGCCGAAGCUAAAAGUCGUAGUGGAACUGGUUCAACAAGUCUGUUCAGCUCUAGCAGUCAGCUGUUCCCUCCCUCACGUCUUCGAUACAGCAGAUCUGAUAUCAUGCCUUCGGGUCGUAGUAGGCUGUUGGAGGACUUCCGAAAUAACCGUUUCCCUAAUCUUCAACUACGUGAUCUGGUCGGUCACAUAGUUGAAUUCUCCCAGGACCAACAUGGGUCUAGAUUCAUCCAGCAAAAAUUAGAACGAGCUACGCCUGCAGAACGUCAGAUGGUUUUUAGUGAGAUCCUGCAAGCUGCUUAUCAACUGAUGACUGAUGUGUUUGGAAAUUAUGUAAUACAGAAAUUCUUUGAGUUUGGAAGUUUGGAUCAGAAACUAGCUUUAGCCCAGCGCAUCCGAGGGCAUGUUUUACCCUUGGCUCUACAGAUGUAUGGUUGUCGUGUUAUUCAGAAGGCUUUAGAAUCCAUUUCAGCAGACCAGCAGGUAAUUAAUGAUAUGGUAAAGGAAUUGGAUGGACACGUUUUAAAAUGUGUUAAGGACCAAAAUGGAAACCAUGUGGUUCAAAAGUGCAUUGAAUGUGUGCAACCACAGUCUCUCCAGUUCAUUAUUGAUGCUUUUAAAGGGCAGGUGUUUGUGUUGUCAACCCAUCCUUAUGGUUGUCGAGUUAUUCAGCGUAUUUUAGAGCACUGCACAUCUGAGCAGACUCUUCCAAUCUUAGAAGAACUACAUCAGCACACUGAACAGUUAGUGCAGGAUCAGUAUGGAAAUUAUGUCAUUCAGCAUGUUCUGGAACAUGGGCGCCCUGAAGAUAAGAGUAAGAUUGUUGCUGAAAUAAGGGGAAAGGUUCUUGCUCUAAGUCAGCACAAGUUUGCCAGCAAUGUUGUUGAAAAGUGUGUCACACAUGCUUCCCGUGCUGAGCGUGCUUUAUUGAUUGAUGAGAUCUGCUGUCAGAAUGAUGGCCCUCACAGUGCCUUAUACACAAUGAUGAAAGAUCAAUAUGCUAACUAUGUGGUUCAGAAGAUGAUUGACGUAGCAGAACCAGCACAGCGUAAAAUUAUCAUGCACAAGAUUCGUCCUCAUAUUACAACCUUACGGAAAUACACUUAUGGAAAACACAUUUUAGCCAAACUGGAAAAGUAUUAUAUGAAGAAUAACACUGAUCUGGGGCCAAUUGGUGGACCACAAAAUGGAAUAAUGUAAAGUUGAUUUACACAAGAAAUAUUGGAACCUGUGCUACUUAAAUAUUGUGUGUACCAAACUAAAUGAUAGAAAGACAAAUUAACAUUUUAUUGUUGCAUUUUAUAAAUUAUUUCUAUUAAUUGUAAAUUGUAUAUUUUACCAAUUAAUUGCAACUCACAGCCCAGUUCCAAGUCUGUGUGCAUUUUGUUUCUUCUUGCUGGCACAUUAUGGGAAGACCUGGGUAAAAUGCAGAAUAUAUAAAUUUAAAAUAAUUGUAUUAAACUAAAUUGUGAAUGUUGUAAUUUAUAUCUCAUAAAAUAAUUUCCCUUUAUAAGAAUUCGACUUUUAGAUUAACCACUUUAAAUUCUGGUAGUUUUGGAUACUUUCUUUAGUACAUUCUCAGGCCCAGUAGAUUAGUUUAAUCUUAUAGGAAAUGCUGAUUAAAAUACUACAUUCAUCAAAUUAUGAAAAUAGUUUAAAGUUGAAUUGUUCUUCAGCAAGAUCCUUGUUGACACCAAUAUUUAAAUAGCACCUCAAAUGGUAUGUUGAAAUUUGAUGUAAUUCAGGGAAGUGCUUAAGUGACUGGCUGAUAUGUAAUGUUACUCCUGAUGUUUACUAUAGAGAUGUCAAUACUCAAUAGGUUUUAUUUUUUGAGAUAAACACUGCCCUGCUUUUCUAUUUCAACAAUGUAUAGAAGUGAUGUAUAUACAUAUGUAUUUAACCAUUGGGCAAGGUGGCAGUAACGAAUCAUUAUGAAACACAUUACCUAAAUAUACAAUUGUCUGAAAAGUUGAUUUUUUUCUAAACAAAAUUUGGCUUUUCAGUCUAUUUUGCAAAGAUUUGAGGGAAUUUGUAUUUUUGAAUAACUAAUAUGAGGUUUACGAAUGUGUGGCAGUUUUAUUUUUACUUUUUCAACGUAAACAAUUAGAAAUUUUGGGCAGAUAUGCAAAUUAGGGGGUCUUAAAGGUUGGUCUUGGUAACCCAACUUAACACAUGUAAAAAUAAUGAAACUGAUUUUGCUUCCAAAUGCAUAAUGUAUAUGUGUAGACUUGCAAUUUAUAGGUGUAAGUUUACUAUUUCAAAACAAACGAUAAUCUGCAGUUUCAAUGUUUAAUCUGAAGCUUGGCUAACUUGAUAGUAAUGCAUAGUUUGGUUGUAAAAUUGUACAUUUGUAAACCUGAUGCUGUAAAUGUUAAGAUGUCUUUUACCCUUUAGAAAACAAAGUUUGCAUCUUAAUGUACAUUCACUAACGCUCCCCUUCCCUCGCAGUGUUGUAUAAUGUAAAUUUCUUUAAAUCAAGUGAUUUUUUAAAAAUUGUCUCUUUAUAUGGCUUAAAAAAUGAACUAGCUUUUUAUCUCUUAGGACAGUACGUUUUGUUUAUAAUUGUAGCUAUUGAGAUUCUGUUCAUAUGGUAAUUUUUGAAAAAUUUACAGUCGUAAUGUUUCAUUGUCUAAGUGAAAGUUGUGCAUAGUCAGAAUUGAAAGGAUUAGACUGAGACAUCUGGUUACCAUGGAAAUGAAACUUGCUUUCCAUCUCAAAAGUGAAAUCCUUUUUGUACAGAAGAGUACUGUAUUUUGGAAUUGUCUACCUUAAUAAGUGGAAAUAUGUAUGAUAUUUCAAUUUUUUAUUUGAACAUUCGGUUGUAACACUACAUACAGAUGUACAUUUUACUGGAGGCCUUAUGUACAUUUCCUGAUGACGUUUUGCAGGCAGAAUUGCAACCAUAUGUAUAAUUAAUAGUUAUUUGUAUUCUUUGCCUCUGGAAAUAUUUUGAAACGUGCUUUGUAUAUUCAGUUUCUGAAAGAUAAGAUUGUGAUUGUAUUUUAGUGAUCCUAUAAGUCAGUAUUUUGUAUAAACAGAAUGGCUUUUGGAUUUGGAACAAUUGGGAUAUAUUUAUCUUGAUGCCUUUGGAUGUGAUGUCCUUAGCAUUGAAGAGAUAAAAAGGUGUUUUCAUUA